ACGAUGAAUCUUACUUCACUUUUUCGCAUCAUGAAAUAAGCGGGAAUGAUGGUUUCUACACUGAUAACAUUGAAUUGACUCCAGAUAAGGUGAAAUAUGCCGCCAAAUCAAAAUUUGAACCAAAAGUGUUGGUGUGGGCCGCCAUUUCAUCAAAAGGUGUUUCAGUGCCGUUAAUCCGCCCAAGUGGUGCUGCAGCGAUCAAUUCUGACACUUACAUUAACCAAUGUUUAACCAAGUUGAAGCGUUUCAUUGAAAACAAUCAUGCUCGCGACAAAAUCAUGUUUUGGCCGGACUUGGCAAGUAGCCAUUACGCUAAAAAAACGUUGGAUUGGCUCACAGAAAACAAUAUACCUUUUGUACCGAAAAAGGACCACCCUCCGAAUAUCCCAAAGGCACGUCCAAUCGAAGACUUCUGGGCAAUACUUAAGCGUAUGGUGUAUGACAAAGGCUGGGAGGCUAAAAAUGAGCACCAGUUGAUUGGAAGGAUUACGCGAAAGAUAAGGGAAAUGGAUAAAUCGGUCUGCCAGAACAUGAUGAAGAAAGUUCCAUACAUCCUUAGAAAAAUCGAGGAUAUGGUCCAUAUAGUGUG